AUGAGUCCCACAGCUACAGCCCCCCAGCAGCGCAGCCGGCGCGGCCCAUGGCUGGGGACGGGAUCGCAGGAGGGCGGCUGCCCCUGGCCCCUGGCCGCGCUUCCUCCGCGCUGGGGAGCCGGCGAGCGAGCGAGCGAGCGCCGCCUCUGCCCGGCCGUCGAAGGAGGCGGGGCGUCGGGGAGGCAGGCGGGCGGGCGGGCUGCCUGCCUCGCCUGGGCGCGCUCGCCGCCCUCCCUCCCUCCUUCCCUCCCUGCAUCCUUCCCUGCCGCCUUCGCUCGCUCGGGCCACCCCGCCGCCGCCGCCACGAUGGUCAUCAAGGUCUACAUCGCCACUUCCUCGGGCUCGACGGCGAUUAAAAAGCAGCAGCAAGACAUGCUCAGCUUCUUGGAAGCCAACAAGAUUGAGUUCGAGGAGAAAGAUAUUGCAGCCAACGAAGAGAACCGAAAAUGGAUGCGGGAAAAUGUCCCUGAAGAUUGCCGGCCGGCCAGCGGGAAUCCAUUGCCCCCUCGACUCUUUAGCGACAGCCGGUACCUCGGGGAUUACGAAGCCUUCUUUGAAGCUCGAGAAAAUAAUGCCGUCUAUGCUUUUUUAGGCCUGACAGCUCCCCCUGGUUCAAAGGAAGCGGAAGCCCUCGCAAAGCAAGAAGCCUGAUUUCCCCCCUCUCCACCCAUCCCUGCCUAAAGCCUUAAAUACUCUGCAAAGGGAAACUUCCACAGCUUUUUCUACAAUGGCAAAAUUGUCCAUGCUUCAAGAAA